AUGCUGAAUAUAUAUAUUGGUGUAUACAAGGCAUUGUAUGAUUAUGCUGCUCAAGCCGAGGAGGAGUUGACCAUACAAACCGAUGAUAUUUUAUACUUGUUGGAAAAAUCCGAUGUAGAUGACUGGUGGAAGGUUAAAAAGAGAGUGUUAGCUCAAGGCGAUGAAGAAGUCGAAGAACCGUUUGGAAUUGUCCCUUCGAACUAUAUCGAGGAAGCUCCUGUUAUUCAACAAGCUAGUGCAUUGUAUGACUAUGACAAGCAAACUGAAGAAGAGCUUUCAUUUAAGGAAGGUGAAAAAUUUAACGUUUAUGAUUUGAAUGAUCCAGAUUGGAUCUUGGUGAGUAAUUCAACCAAGACCGAGUUUGGGUUUGUGCCUUCGAAUUACAUUGAACUUGGAACUGCUACUGCUUCUCAACCACAACAACCACAGACAGUGCAACCAGAGCCAGCCCAGCAAGCACCAGUACAACAGCAGAUUCCACAGCCAGCUCCAAUGAUCCCAGUUCUGAACUUCCCACCACCACCUCAACGUUCAGUAGAAGCAACCCCCGAGACAGCUCCAACACCACCUGUCAAGGAUUUCCCUCGUGAAACAGAACCUUUAAGAUCGUCAUACUAUGAUCGUGAAGAUGAAGAAGACGACGCGCCACCUCCAAUGCCUACCAGGCCAAGGGAAAGCUCAUCUGCUGCAGCAACGUCUGCCCCAUCUAACAACUACGAGCAAGUAUCUGAUGUUGGCAAGAAGGACCAUGAAUUUGAUGGUGAAUAUUUCACAUGGUACAUUGACGAAAUCGACGGUCGUAAGAAAUUAGCAGUAGUUUUCAGUAUUGGUCAUGGGUUCAUUAUAUUCAAGCCCAACAAACAAGGGUCUAAGUUAUUGAGACAAGCUUCAUCGCUCGAAAAUCAAUGGAGAAUCAGAGAUUUGAUUAGUUUUAGCAAUGAGAAGAAACAUGUUUUCUUGGAAUUCAAGCAUCCUACUGCUUCUAUUGAAUUGCAUGCCGGUUCAAAAGACGUGGCCGAAGCAAUCAUGUCCAUUUUGGGAGAUUUGAAAGGUGCAGAAUCCGCCAAGGGAUUGAAGGAAGUUGCUAGAGCCUCCAAGGCCAAGACUGGAGCCGGAAAUAGAAAGAUUGCUAGAUUAUUAUAUGACUUUGACUCUCAAGGUGAUGAUGAAUUACUGGGCCGAGAAGGCGAUGAAGUUUAUAUUAUCAAUGAAACCAAAUCAAAAGACUGGUGGAUGGUUGAGAAUAUUGAAACCGGAAGACAAGGGGUUGUUCCUUCAUCAUACCUUGAAAUUAUUAGUACUUCAAACUUAGAUAAGUUAACUGAUAGACCAGCAAGAACUAGAUCCACCAAGAAGGAGAAAAGUAGUCAACAUCAUCAUAGAUCAAGAGAAGAACGUGAUAAAAUCAGAGAAAAGGAUAAGCAACAACGUGAAAAACAAGUUACCAAGCAUGAAGAACAACAAGACAAGUCCAUGCCUAAUUUCCACCGAGUUAGAACUUGGAUUGAUAGUACAGGUACAUUCAAAGUUGAAGCAGAAUUUUUGGGAUGUUAUGAGGGGAAAAUUCACUUGCAUAAAACUAAUGGGGUUAAAAUUGCAGUUUCUUGUGUCAAAUUGUCGAUUGAAGAUUUAGAAUAUGUUGAAAAGAUCACCGGAACAUCAUUAGAACAUUACAAGGAAGAAAUUUUGAAACAUACUCAAGCUAAAGCUAAACCAAAGGCCCCUGAAGAGAUGAAAAAGACACCUUCAGCAACUGCUGUUAUUAAUGAUGUCCUGAAACCACAACCAUCGCGCGCAAAAGCCACUACAAAGCUUACUGUUGGUGAACCAGAUUACGAUUGGUUUGAGUUCUUCCUUCAGUGUGGGGUUGAUAUUGGUAAUUGUCAACGUUAUUCUCUUAGCUUUAGUCGUGAACAAAUGGAUGAAAACAUUUUGGAAGAUAUUUCUCCUUCAUUAUUGAGAACUUUGGGAUUAAGAGAAGGUGAUAUUAUUAGAGUUAUGAAGUUUUUGGAUAACAAAUUUGACAGAAAGAAGACUACUAGUGAAGAACCAGCACCAUUAUUUGUCAAUACCAAUGGUGAACUCAAGAAUAACACUUCUGUCCAAGCUGAUUCUAAGGUUAAUGCUGCUGCAUUACCAUCUCCAGUCAAGGCAACGCCUCCUACUGUCACCGAGCCACCUAAACAACCACAAAAGAUUGAAGAUGAUGCAUGGGCUGUCAAACCUGCUGCUAGAUCAACUGAAGAUCUUCUUAAACCAGUUCAACCUGAAGCAGCUCAAUACACUGGAUCUUUAUCAGAUCUCGUGAAUAUCAAACCAGUGGAAACCAAGAAUGAACCUCCUGCACCACAACCACAGCAGCCUGCACAAGCACCUUCGGCACCAGCACUUCAACCAGUAAAGACAAGCAACACUUUGAUCCAACCAGGACAACAAUUUGCCGUGCAACAAACUGGAGUUUCAAACAUGAUCCCAGUUCCUGCUCAACGUACCGGUACCCUUGUUCCAGUGCAAAGAACUGGGGGUAUUUUGGCUGCUCAACCAACUGGAUUUGUUCCAAUUACUGCUCAACCUACUGGAUUCAUUCCAAUUCAAGCUACUGGUAUUAUUCAACCACAAUUAACGUUUGGUAUUAUUCCUUUACAAACAGGAUCUACUACAUUCAACACUGGAAUUACAAGAUCUGGUAGUGCUCCACCAGCAACUAGUUUCGGUCAGCCGGUAAUUAUGCCAGGUAAUGUAACCAUGCCUCAAACUACAUUCGGUACUCAAAUUACUGGUGGAUUACCACAAACUACAUUUGGUACUCAAGUUACUGGUGGAUUGCCACAAACUACAUUCGGUACUCAAGUUACUGGUGGAUUACCACCAACUACAUUCAACCAACAGCCAAUUGUUCCUGCGCAAAGAACUGGCGGUCAAAUCAGCGGUGGGUUUGUUCCACAGUCUGCAUUUGGAAAGCAAAUUACUGGUGGGUUUAUGGGUACUAAUGUUGUUCCUCAAACUUCUUUUGGUCAACAACCUGCUCCUGCUGGAUUUCCUCAAACUUCAUUCGGAACUCAGAUUACUGGUGGAUUACCUCCAACUAGUUUUGGAAAUCAAAUCACUGGUGGAUUACCUGCAACUAGUUUUGGCCAAGCACCGGUGAACCCAUUCCCGCAACCUCCACAACAGCAACAACAACAACAACAACCUACAUUUGGAGGAGUGUCACAAGGGUUCAACCAAUUUGCUCAACAAGCUACAGCUAAUCCAUUCCCACAACAGCAACAACCAAUGGGACAAUUUGGACAACCACAACAGACAUUCAACCAGUUCCCAUCACAACAACCAACCCAACAGUUCAACAUGUUUGGCCAACCACAACAACAGGACAUGUCACAAAUGACCAACAUGUUCCAAAACACCUCGAUCUCCGCCCCGGCAUCAAUAAAUGCCGGCCAAAUGCCAACCACGUCGUUUGGACAAGCUCCUCAGUUUGAAGGGUUUGGGACUUUGCAAUCACAACCUACUGGGAUGGGAUUUGGUAACGCUCCUUUACAAAGUCAACAGACUGGUAGAAGAGCAAACAUUCAAGCUGCUACUCCUGAUAAUCCAUUUGGAUUCUGA